GCGGCAGGGCUGGGGGCGGGGACCAAGCAGAGCUGGGUAGGAACCCUUGACUGCUCUAGGACCCCACCCCGCGAGCUCUCCGGGGAAUCCUAGAGCUGCCUUCGCCUGGCUGCUGGGCAGCGGAAAGCUGGCGACGUCCUGGCGCCACUGUCCCCUCUCCCGCCUCUGCAGGCUAUGGGAGGGGGCUUCGGGCGCUGUUACGCGGGUCUGGGCUGGGGGAGCCCUGUAGCCUUGGAGGCGGGCAGCUGUGGGUCAAGGAGCGGCGCAGACCCUGAUCGCGGACGGGAAACUUUCCUUGCCUGCGGCGCAGGGGGAGGUCUGGAGCCGCAGAGGAGUGGGGAGCGCAGGAGGGUGGGGUACCCUUCCUCCUCCAACCUCUGUUCACGUUGGGGUGGCGAUAAGAGAAGAGUCCCUGCGAGACGCAAGAGGCGGGCUGUGCCGGAGGAGGGCGCCCUCCCGGGAAGUGGCCGCGAGCGGUGCACCUGGCCCGGGUUUGCAGGGCCACCUGCAGGGAGCUGCCUCCAAGCGAUGGGAGGGGGUGCCCAGAUUCGCCACCCAGAAACGUGCGGGCCCAAUGGGGGUGAUGGCGGGCACUGCUGCGGGAGGGUCUCGACGAGGCCCCCCCAUACCUCCCCUCGCGCCUCUUUGGAUCGCAGAGCCAGGGGGUCUGCGACUUUGGGGCGGGGAGGCCUUGCGAGCACCGGCGGGAGGAAGGAGCCGGCAGCGCACGGCAGUGGCUGGGCCGGAAGUUCCUGCUCGCGGCUCCGCUUUCGCCAGCGCCAGACUCUCCCGCGGAGAAACCCACAACCUCCGGUCUUCCAGCGCCCGGAGGAAAACCCCGGGGUGCUGUCCACUCCUCUGCUCCCAGCGAACCUGCCAGGCACUUCUGGAGAGACACCCUGUGCCUUUGAUGAGCUUAGUUGCCACCAACUGUGGGUGCUCCCACCAUCUGCCUGGCACCCCCAAAGGAAAUCAUUCUGACAUCAGCGCUGCCCUGGCAUCUACUGGGGAGCUGUACUGGGCUGGCCUGGAUGGGCAGUGCCAGGCCGAGGCAGAGAAACUGAGGCCACCCACUGAGGGACCAGUGAAUUAUCCCAGGCCACCAGCAGGAGGGGACACAUCGGGGACCAGAGCUGCUGAUUCCUGCCACCUUCUGUCUGGAAGUCUCGGGGGGCCACACAUCCCCGAUCGGGGAGGACACGGACCUCCCUGGGCCCCGAGAGCCCUUCUCCACUUCCGGCUGAAGGCUGCCCCACCCCCCGGGGAGCCUGGAAUUAAAGAAGAUAUUUUAUGAUCA